ACGGUUUCAAGAGAGAGAGGGAGAGAGAGAAAAAUUAUUACUCGUUUCCUAUAAUAGCCUUUGCAUCAGUCAUAAAUUUUAAUUCAUAUGAUUAAAAGUCUAUCAGAAAAUGUCUAGUAUGACAAUAAAUUGCAAGAAAUAAACCAAAUAUUGAAAGAUUCUCCAAUUUCAUUCUUUUUAAUGAUAGAAAAAUAUGUUAGUAACACAUGAAAAUUUGCACGUUUAAAAUCAUUUUCGGUCUGUAGCAUUAAUAAUGUAAGUAAACGAGUUGACCCAGAGAACGCCCUAUUUUCUCGUGAGCAAUUGCAACAUGGCGGACAACAGUCGGGAACCUCCUCCCCUUUUUGAAGACGAGAAUGGAGACAAGAAGGAUAAAGAAGUAGAGGAUACUCCUCAGGAGAAAACUGAAGAUGUGGCUUUAGAAGAUGAUGAUGAUCUUUUUGGUGGUGGUGGCACAGAGGUUUCCCUGGAUGACUCACCGGUCGCAGAUGAGCCAGCCAAGUUGGAUGCGGAACCAACAUCCCCCCUGACCAUGGAGACUGAGAAACCUGAUCCUGCUCCGACGGUGAAGGAGCCAGAGGGAGCUGGAGGAGGAGCUGGAGAGCCAGUGGAGACACAGAAGAAGAGUGAAAUGGAUGAGAUGGAAAUGGCAGAGGAGGAAAGUGGAGAUAAGUUUGAUAUUGAAAUCACCAUUACUGAACCACAGAAAAUGGGUGAUGGUAUGAGCUCAUACAUGGCCUACAAGGUUACAACAAAGACCAGUGAUCCAUCUUUCAAGAAAUCAGAAAUAGGGGUAAUGAGACGAUUUAGUGAUUUCUUAGGACUACAUCAGAAGCUUGUUGAGAAGCACACAACUAAGGGCCGCAUUGUUCCGCCAGCUCCAGAGAAGAGUGUAGUGGGUAUGACCAAAGUGAAGAUGGCGAAGUCCCAAGAGCAGACCUCAUCCAUGGAGUUCAUAGGAAAGAGGAGAGCAGCCCUGGAACGAUUCCUUAACCGAACAGCCGCCCAUCCUAUCCUCUACACCGACAGUGACUUCAGAGAAUUCCUGGAAAAAGAUGAUCUCCCGAAAGCAACAAACACAUCUGCACUGAGUGGAGCUGGUGUCCUGAGAGCAUUCACCAAGGUAGUGGACAGUGCCUCCAAGGUGGUCUCCAGGAUGAAUGAAUCGGACCAAUGGUUUGAAGAGAAACAGCAUAUGAUAGACAACCUGGAUUCCCAGCUCAAGAAACUCCACACUAGUGUCGAGAGCAUGGUCACAAGUAGAAAAGAAUUGGCCAACACCACCUCGACUUUCGCCAAGAGUUCUGCCAUGUUGGGAAACUCUGAGGAGCACACCGCCCUCUCUAGAGCCAUUUCACAGCUAGCAGAAACAGAGGAGAAGAUCGAGGCUCUUCACAGCAGUCAAGCCGCCACCGACUUCUAUGUACUCUCAGAGCUCCUCAAGGAUUACAUUGGCCUCCUGGCUGCCGUAAGGGAAGCGUUCCGUGAGAGAGAGAAGUGCUUCCUGACUUGGCAGAAUGCCCAGACUACCCUGGCCAAGAAGAGGGAUGCCGAGGCCAAGCUCAAGAUCAGCGGGAAGCCAGAGAAACUCCAGCAGGUCCAGGAUGAGAUUAAAGAUUGGACCGCAAAGGAAGUGAAAGGGCAAGAAGACUUUGAACUCAUCUCAAAAUCUCUUCGAAGAGAAAUUGGUAGAUUUGAGUCCAAUCGAGUGCGUGAUUUCCGUACCGUUGUGAUCAAGUACCUUGAAUCUUUGAUGAAUCAUCAGCAGCAGCUCAUCCAGUAUUGGGAAGCUUUCCUUCCAGAAGCCACCGCCAUCGCAUGAUCAAUCGUACCAGGCAAAGCCUUCCAUCUAGAUAGCACCAAUCAGAUGCAUAGACACACAUUGAUAUAAAACAGGGGCCCGUAACACAAAAGCUUAUCGAUCGAUCGCAAAGUAUAUUUUUGUGCAUGAUCGCACACAUUACUCAAUGUAAUCAACCGUAAAAAUCAACCCUUGCAUCAAGUGCUAGCCUUGGUGUUGCAGGGCCCAGGGGCCCGUUGCAGAAAGAGUUGCAAUCGAUCGCAACUAUAAAAAUCAAGCGCAACUUGAUUUUCAACCAAUCAACAGCGCGCAUUUGGGACUUGCGAUUGAUUUUUUGACUUUCUCUUUCUGCAACGGACUCCCCUGAAGUCACAAGAUUAACCAUUAAUUAUGAUGUGUUCUGUGUCACAUAACCAUAAGGCUUAGUAAUUAGUUGUUAAGCUAUUUUGAUGAUUGAUUGCAUGUAUCAUGAUGUGCAAUAAAUCAGUCAAAUCCCUCUAUACCAUCAAUUAUUGAACUUUGUGCUUAUGGGGCUCUGGUAAAAAAAAUAUGUAUAAUGCUAUAAAAUUAUGGCAAGAAAUGUGAGAGCCUAUUUGAUUGAUUAUAUAAAGAAAAUAAUUAACGUAGCACAUAUAGGUCAUAAGAUGGCCUUUGCAAAACUUAGCCUGCUUUAUUAUUAGGAUUUGGUAAUAUUUUUUAUUACUUUCAUAUAUACACUGUGAGGUUAAUGUGUUGGAGGUCAGCUACAGUAACCACACAGCAAAAGAAAUAAGAGGACAAAGUAUAGACUAAUGCAUUUCUAAAGACCAUCCAAUUAUUCUUCAGUGUAGCCUUAAAAAAAAAAAUUAUGUGAAAGCAUUCAUGUUGAAAUUAAGCCAUGGGACUUGUAGUUUACUGGUAUACGUUGUUGAUGUGAGACAUGGUUUAUUUUAUCACACAUGCACUCACGUACAUACAUGUAUGUACGUAUAUAUAUAUAAAAACUCCAUGGAUAUUCACAGAUGGGAAAAAACAAAUUCUACAUAUCACAUUUCAAAUUUGUCUAGUACAUAUAUGGUUGCAUUUCACAAAGACAAAGGGGAUGUUGCAUGGAGCUUCCCAUCGAUUGCAACUCAUAAAGUAUGUUGAUUUAUGUUCCAAAAUCAAUCUCAAGUACUUCAAUAAUUGAAAGUUUGCUAGUGAUUGCUGGUCUUCUUUGACAGAAACUGAACUGUUUUCGUAUGGUAUGGAGUGAUCGGUCAACUGCAAAUUUAAAAUUGAUACUUAAUAUUGAUUUUAAUUAGUUUCUUGUAUCACCUCGAGGUUGACUGAAUAUAUUAGUUUCUUUUCUUUUGCUAACUUCAUUACUGGGGAAAAAAAUCGAGAGAGAUCUUGUUAAUUAUUGAUAGUACAAUUACCCAUUUCUUUGAUUAUUUAUGUGAUCCUAUUUUUGUACCUCAGUCAUUUUGCAGGUGCUCUCCACAUAUUUAAUUGUACAUUCAAGUAUAGGUAGCCUUAUAUAUGAAGAAAAUUUAUAUUGAAAAACAAACAUUUUCCUUUUUAUACUUGUACGUGUUUAUGUUGAAUGAAAUAAAAUUGAGCCAUGUUACUGAUAUAGGAUUGAAUAUAGAAGGGAAAAAUUGUGUAAUAUAUUAUGAUAGAUAAUGUUGAAUCAAAAUUUGCAUUCCCAAUCAUUUGUUGGUAUUUUUAUUAUUUCUUCUGUACUGUCAUGCAAGUGCUACAUUGUGGACGUACAUGUAUACUGAGUGUUUGUGUCUCUUUUUUUUGUUGGGGGGGGGGAGGGGGCUAUAUGCUGUUUUGUCGUUUUGUUAGUCUCUUGUACUUUCUCAGUGGACAUAAUCUGCAAUUCUACUUAUUAAAGUGGCCGCAUACACACUUGCUUAUGGAGCGAAGAUGCUACAAAAAUGCCAUCUCGUGCACUUCUUUCAAUGGGUGUAUUUCCAAUGCGAAGAAUCUGCAACUUUUGUUUAUGUGAUUGUAAGUGUUUUCCCCUGUAGCAUGAUGAAAAUCUAUCACAAAUAGUUAAUCUUUCUUGCCGGUGUAAAAGCCAAGUUGGCUCUAAAUUCAAAAUCUUAGAUGAUUGCACCACAUAAGUACAUACGUAUAAUAUUUAGGCUCUUCAAAAUCUUAAGGUGCCACCUGAUCAGUUUGAUAUUAUCCCUGCAAGUUUGUUCAUCUUGGUACAAACUAUUUGAAAUGUUUGAUUAUCCACAUGGAGUCUCAUUGCACAUUUUCACAAAGCAGUGUAUCGUGAGCAUUACAUUUUUAUUACACUAGCAAUGUCUUACAUUGAUGUUGAGGUGUACAUGUGUUUAUUAUACUCUCUCAAAAAUAUGAGGGGUGCAACAAAUAUUAUCAUCAUGGGGGGGUUCCACUUACUGAUGUAAAUUAUAAAGUUAGUAAUCAUUUGACCUUUUCUAUGUGUUUGUAUUUUUUCCCCUUUAAUAGAAUGAUCAUAUAAGACAUUCCUUAAGAAUUGUAAAUUUAUGAAACUCUUCUUUUAACGCUGGUCAAUGGUUGCAUUCCAGGGAUGUAGUCAAGGCCGGCCUCGGCCCAAGCCACAUGUUAAAAGUCUAUGAGAGAAGGUUCUCUCUAUGGCAGCCUUGUGAGUCACGAAGAACCAGCCUUUACUACAUCCCAUGUUGAUCAAAAAUAAAUUCGAUGCAAAUUGUGCAGCAUUCUCUUUCAUUAGGUUUGGGCCAAGGUCUAUGGCUCUCUUAUCACGAGGUAUAUUUUGUUGCUCUCUUUGAUGUAAUAUACAACCUUUGGACAUCUUGGAAUUUUAGUAAUGAUCAAAACAUCUGAUGAUAAAGGAAAUCUAGAAUAUAUCUUUCUGAAUGACUAUUGUGACAUAUAUAUAUUCUUUUAUUUCCAUAUACAUGAUAUAACUUUAUGUACAUGACUUGUAUUUCAAUAGUGUAGUUAGCUACGAUUAUUCUUUUUUUUACGUUUUCCAUAUGUUAUAUCAUUAGAUAUACCACACCAUAAAAUGUUUGGUUGGAGAUUAAAAACGAUGUAUUAGUUGAAAAGUAA